GGAAUCCUGCUGGAAAUUUGGGAAUCCCAGUCGGGAUUUGUGCAUCUGGGAAAGCUUUUCCUAGGGAAAAAAGAGGAUUUGGAGUUAGGAAUGGCUUUGGGGUUGUGCCGGGAAUUUUGGGUGGGAAACUUCCUGGAAUGUGGGUGGGGGGUGCCAGGGAUGGGUUUGGAAGUGGCUCCUAUAAAACUGAGGGGUCCCAGGGGUGAGAAAGUGGGAAUUUGGCGGGAUAAUCCCAGGUUUUGCUGUGAAAGAGGCUGGAAAUGUGGGGAAAAUUAGGGAUAAAUCCCAAAAAUCCUCUGGAAAUUGAGAGGGGAGGGUCGGGCUCGGGUUGCUGGAAUCCAUGGAAUUCAGCUGGGGCUGCUCCAGCCCCCAGGAAAUGCCUGAAAAAACUGGGAAUGGGCUUGGAAUGCAGCCCCUCCAUCUUUUGGGAAUUCAUUGUGGGAAUCUGAGAAAAAUGGACCCCAAAAUGCUCAGAAUCCAGAGUUUUCCUGGCUCUGGAUCCAGAGUUUUUCCGGCUCUGAAUCUAGGAUUUCCUGGCCCUGAAUCCAGGGAUUUCCAGGCCCUGAAUCCAAGACUUUCUCAGCCCUGAAUCCAGGGAUUUCCCAGCCCUGAAUCCAGGGAUUUCCAGGCCCUGAAUCCAAGACUUUCUCAGCCCUGAAUCCAGGGAUUUCCCAAGCACCACUGUUGGGAUUUUCUGGAGUUUUUGCUUCCCUGAGCAGCUCUGGAAUCCCAGAUUCUCCUGCCCCGGGAACAGAACGAGCCGGGAACGCGCCCUGGAUUUCACUGGGAUAAACAACCAAGGGAAUUGGAGUUCAUAGCAACCCCUGGAAUUCCCAAAAACCCCACUUUUCCCACAGAAUUCCCAUCCCAGGCAGCGCAGGGAGAGAAAACCAGGAAAACCCCAACAUCCCUGAGGAUUUCCCAUCCCAAACAAAGCAGGGAGAGGAAAAUUCCCACUUCCCCAAGGGGAGCUCAGAAAAACCUUGGGAACAAAACCAAAACCUGGGGCAUCUUUUAGCUGAAAAAAUUCCCGUGAAAUCGCUGAAAUUACACAAAAAAAUCCCAAUUUUUGCUCGGGGGGAGUUCCCAGGCGGAAUUCCCGGGGUUUUUUUUAAUUCCCGGUUAUUUUUCCCGGCGCAGCAGCCCGGGCAAGCGGAGAAGCUGGCCGGCACAAUGGGAAAAAAGCAGAACAAGAAAAAGGUGGAAGAGGUGCUGGAGGAGGAGGAGGAGGAGUACGUGGUGGAGAAGGUUCUGGACCGGCGCGUGGUCAAGGGCAAGGUGGAAUAUCUGCUGAAGUGGAAGGGAUUCUCCGAGGAGAGAAAAUCCUGGUUCCCAGCCCUGGGAUCAUCCCCACAUCCCUGCAAUUCCAUCCUGCUCCUCCCUGGAGGAGAGGAACGGCGCUCCGGGAAUUCACCCCUGGAAUUUCCUCCCUUUUCCCAGUCGGAGAAACCGCGAGGCUUCGCCCGAGGCUUCGAGCCGGAGCGAAUCAUCGGAGCCACGGAUUCCAGCGGGGAGCUGAUGUUCCUGAUGAAGUGGAAGAACUCGGACGAGGCCGACCUGGUGCCGGCCAAGGAGGCCAACAUCAAGUGUCCGCAGGUGGUGAUCUCGUUCUACGAGGAGCGCCUGACGUGGCACUCGUACCCCUCGGAGGACGAUGACAAGAAGGAGGACAAGAACUAAUCCCGGCCGCCUUCCGGGUGUUGGUUUUUUUUUUUUUUGGGAAGACGAUCCGAACUUUUUUGUGGGGUUGUGAGCAAAGGAGGGGGUUUGGAGGUGCCCUUGGAAGAGCCCCCCCAGCCCCAGCCCGCUUUCUGUGCUUCUCUGCUCCCUGCCGUGUCCAGAUUCCAAGCAGAAUCCCAUGGAAUUCCCGAUUCCCAGCAGAAUCCCAUGGAAUUCCCGAUUCCCAGCAGAACCCCGUGGAAUUGCAGAUUCCAUCGGGGAGAGAAUGGGGUGAGGGUGGGAGGGAGGGAGAAUCGAGGGGGAUACGGAAACUUUGGGAUCGGGUGGGAAUUGGGGGCUGGGGAGGGGUCUCAAAGCCCCUUCCGUGAAGGACUCGCCGGGAUGGCCGGGCUGGGGAUCGGGAUCGGGAUUGGGAUUGGGAUUGGGAAUGCAGAUGGAUCCUGCUUCCCUUCCAAAGCCCAUCCCAGCAGCCCCCAGCCCCGUUCCCAAUAGUGUUAACUCCAUUUUUAAGGCGUAGCAUGUCUGUAGGUCUUUUGAUUUGGAA